AUGGUCUGUUUCUGUAUCGGAGCCUUCUUUUCGAAGUUAUUCCACAAGCGACAUCAAAAAUCUAUUCAGAGACAGGCUGAAAAAGAUGCUCAAAUCAAAGUCGAGGAAGAAACUAAGCUCAACACCGGAAUGAAUGCUCGAAUUGAAGCUUGUACCGAAUCGGGACCCUUGAUGAGAGAGAUUACCAAGGAGGAAUACGACAGAGGAGUCAUUAACUAUAGAGAGCACGAACCAAUCACCAUUACCGUCAAUGAUGUCCAUGGAGUUACGCAUAUUCAGGAAGUCAUCAAUUUCAAUCCUUCAAUCCCCUCAAAUGAAGUUGCAAACCCAGAGAGAAUCGAAACGACGGGGAAAGAGCUCAGUAGUGGAUCUCAAGAAAUGGUAAAGGCGGUUGAAGAUGGUCGCAUGGCUGUAAGCAAGGAAUUGGGUGAUAGAAAAAGUCUACAGAUGGUAGAAGAAACGCACACAGCUAUCACCAAGAAAUUGAGCGCCACGGAAAGUUUAGAAAUGGUAGCCAUAGAUAUGGAUGGGACGGAAACGCGCAUCAAAUGGCAAGGUGUCAUUACACCAGCGUGA